GCAGCUUACUCCUCACACUCAGAGCCAAGAAGAAGAAGAAGAAGAAGAAGCUUUGGAGCAUCCAUCAGACAUCUCUCUCCGACAGACAGGUAUUGUUCAGACUGACAGACAAAAAUGAAGAUGGCUGGCCUGUGUUGGAUAUCUGUGCUGCUGGCAGUCAGUCUGUCUAUUGGAGACUGUGAGCCGUUGGAUAUCGGUUACGUAAAGAGAAUUGCUGAACUCAUCCAGAACAACUUCCUAAUCAAUGACCGGCAUUUCAGUGUGGCUGUAAACAUCCCGGAGGACCAGAACCUAUUGGCUAAGGCUUUUGAUAAGAUCAAUUUGGACGAUGUGAAAAAAGAUCUUGAUGAAGGCAAGGUGUACAUAGGCAGCAAUGCUGUUGUGGCAGUUCCUCAGAAGAAAGACACCUACACUGACCAUGCAGAGGCACAGGUACUGGACAAUUUAGGAAACUUAGCUAACACACAUGAGGGUAACAUUCUGGUCCUCUACUCCUGGCUUUCUCCAUGUGGUGACAAGUGUACAAACAUUAACAACAGGAACAAUAUCUUAAAAAAGAUCGAAGAAAAGGUAAAGCCAAAAUGGGAAAGCUAUGCCUUUGUGUUUCAUACAGUAUUUGACCUAAAAGGUGAAGUUUCCAUAAGCAACAUUCAAGGGACCCUUCUUAAUCUUAGAGGAGUGAUGGUUGACGACAACAUUUUCCGUUGUUACAAGCCAAAUAAUAGAGUAUUCCAAUGUUUCAAGUGCUUCAAAGAUGCUCCACCAGGUGGUGGUCCUGUGGAUGAGUGUGUUAGAAAUUAGGAAUGAAUGUGUGUAGGCCAAAAGAAGAGCUGACCUAGGCAUUGACACAACUGGAUCCUACUAAAAUGUUACUUUGAGAAGUUCAUUAAUGCUCAACAAUGCACUUGCUGCUUUAAAUGGCUAGAUGUUACACCGGCACGCUAAGGACCCAAACACACUCAUCUUUGGUCACAAACUAAUCAGCAGAGCUUUCAUCCAUUUCUUGCAACAUAACUCUGAGGUUUAUUUAAUGUUUAGCAUAAGAUUGACUUAUUUUGGUGUUGUUCUAUGUUCAUGUUGUGAUGUAUCUUCUGUACUUACUGCAGUUUGACUCAGUGUUGGUUUGAGAGGCAUUUUUUGUUCUAUCCAAAUAACAAAACAAAAAAAGCCAACAUGCAUGUUGAAAAAGCGUUCAAAAAUAUAUACUACCCAAUUUCAAAAAGCCAAAGAAAUGUUUUUAAAUGAUAUUGUUUAUUGUAUAUCAACCUCAGUUAUAGAAGUGAUUGUACUCAAUACUUAUGUUAAACUUUACCAAAUGAUUUCUGCUUUUUCUGAUUAAAGCUUUGCUAAGCAUUCUCA